GGGUGGGGGCAAGCGAGCGAGGAGGGAGGGAGAGGGAUGGUGCGCAACAGUCAUACCCUAAAGGUGUCAGGAGAGCAUCCAUAAAAGUGAAGAGAGAGAGACGUUUUUUUCGGCUGCCACGAUGCGAUUGGUCAGCCUGCAGCAGCGGCUGCGGCGUGCGGCGGAGCCAGAGGAGAAGGCUCCGCCCCCUCCGCCCCCACCGCCGGCCGUCCACAACCACAACUUCAUGAACAUGAAGAACAAGUUCUUCAAUGAACUGGACCACCUCCCCAACCAUAAGCUCAACAUGCCUAUGUGGGCCAUCGGGGCAAUAGUGGUGGUGGUUCUGGCCCUGGUGGGCUGCUUUGCCUUCUGCAUCUAUAAGAAGUGCUUGGGAGGGAAGAAGAAAGGGAAGAAAGUCCGCGAGAGAAAGGGUGGCGGUGGUCGCAGAAGGAGAAAGAAGGAUGGUGAAGGCGAGGGGGGUGAGGAGGAGAAGAAGGAGGGAGAGGAUAAGGAACAGGAGUUCUAUGGCAAGCUUGAGUACACACUUGACUACAACUUCAAUGACAAUGAGCUCGUUGUGGGGAUCCUGCAAGCUCAGGACCUGCCUGCCAUGGACAUGGGCGGUACCUCAGACCCUUACAUCAAAGUGUACAUGCUCCCUGACAAGAAGAAGAAGUUUGAGACCAAAGUCCAGCGCAAGAACCUGUCCCCCGUCUUCAACGAGACCUUCAAAUUCAAGAUCCUCUUUAAUGACCUGGCUGGCCAGUCCCUGGUGCUGCAGGCCUUUGACUUUGACCGCUUUGGCAAACAUGAUGUGAUUGGACAGAUCACCAUCGCCAUGAACAGCAUUGACCUGGCUCAGCCCAUUCACGAGUGGAAGGAUUUGGUUGGAGGAGAGAAAGAGGAGGAAGAGAAGCUGGGUGACAUCUGUAUCUCACUGCGUUAUGUGCCUACAUCUGGUAAACUGACUAUCUGUGUGAUGGAAGCCAAGAACCUGAAGAAGAUGGACGUCGGUGGCUUGUCAGAUCCAUUUGUCAAACUGGUGCUGCAACACAAUGGCAAGCGUGUGAAGAAGAAGAAGACGACCGUGAAACAGAACACCUUAAACCCGUACUUCAAUGAGAGUUUCAGCUUUGAGAUCCCUUUUGCUCAGAUCCAGAAACUUCAGGUGCUCAUCACUGUGUACGACUACGACAAGCUGGGCAGCAACGAUGCCAUCGGGAAGGCCUGGAUCGGCUUCGGCGCCACCGGUGUGGGCCUCCGCCAUUGGUCAGACAUGCUGGCCAAUCCCAGACGCCCGGUGGCUCAGUGGCACACUCUGCAGCAGGAGGAGGAAGUGGACGCCGCCCUCAAGCUUCCCAUCCGCUAAACACUAAUCCCAAACACAGCCUCCAACAUCACAAUCAACCCUGACCGUCAAUGGCACUUCUAAUUCUAACCUCGCCCCUAUCUGCUAGGCUAAAGCACAUGUGGUGAGAAUGCAAAUGCGCACGCCCAAAACACCACUCCUGACCUUGAACCUAACUCUUAAAAAGCACACUGAUAAGAAACAACAACAUAAUCGACAAAACACACCAGCACUUAGUCCUGUGCUUCCCAAAAUGACCUCCUUCUUUUGCACACAUCACACACCAGCUCAUAAUGUUUGUGUACUGUACCCACUCUAGUCAGCUGUCUAACCUAGCCGCACAGACACCUGUACUCACACCCAGAUCUUUAUCCUUUAAGCACAGCUUCAGCAUAUGGAGAGGAGUGUCUCAUUACUGUAGCCUAUGGUUUGUCUUGCAUCUGGAAAUGUCUCUGUGUCUUUCCUCGUCUCCCUUUGUAUAAAGCGUGUGCCCUGCACAAGAACUAUCCCCUCUGAAAUACAGAGAUGUAGCAUUAGAUAUGUUUUCACUGAGUAUGAAUAUUUCUUUUAAUAUCUCUUUUGAAUCAUUUGUCUUGUUUGAAUAUAUUGUUUGUGUAUGUGCGGGUGUGUUUGUAUGUGUAUUUGUUUUAUGUGUGUAUGUAUGUGUGUAUGUAUGUAUGUAUGAUUUUGUGUGUAUGUUUGUAUUUGUGUGUCUAUCACUGUCUGAGAGAUGUCUGGUUUGCCUACCAUCCCUGAAUGUACUGUUGCAACUGUAAAUAUUCUAGUGGAAUAAACAAUUCCAUAUGUAAAA